AUGCUGCCUCAGCUUGUAGACAUUCACCAGGAUUUCCGCCAAAGAGCCUUCGACCCCGCAGACGACACCAACGACGACUCGCCGCUGACGCCCCCGGCCACCCUGGAUGUGAACAACUACGCGUACAAUGCAAAGGACCAGCCUCAGUUCAUGUACAAUCCCCCACGAGACGAAUACUCCCCGUCCCCCGUAGACUCCCAGUACUACCCAAACUACCCGCCCUACUACUCAAACCAGCCCCGCCGCCCCGCCGUCUACCACCAUCUCGACCCCAUAAACACCUCCGCCCUCCCCGUCCCCCUCGAGCACCCGGACCAGCUCUCGCCGUUCAACCCAAACUUCUCCGCUUCCCUCUCCGCCCCGUACACAUACUCCCCCGUCAGUCCCGACGAUCACUACGGCCCCUCCCCGCCGAACACCGGCACGUCCUCCGCCAGCGCGCCCGUCACCCUCACCCUCUCCCAAGCCCCCGCCACUUCACAGCCCCUCCUCCUCCACCACCACUCCUCCUCCCUCGGGCCCUCCCCCACAGAGUCCAAUUCAAAAACGUACUCGUUUAUCCCCCUCCCCGGAAACGCUGUCAAGAAGCGUCCCCGCAGGAGAUAUGACGAGAUAGAGCGUCUCUACCAGUGCUCGUGGCCCGACUGCUCAAAGUCAUACGGUACGUUGAACCAUCUCAACGCCCAUGUUACCAUGCAAAAGCACGGUUCAAAGCGAAGUCCGAACGAGUUCAAGGAGUUGCGCAAGCAGUGGCGCAAGGCGAAGAAAGAGGCCGAGCAUCAGGCGCAUCAGGCUGCGUCCGCGCACUCCCUUGCAGCACGGCGGGUGGCGAGCAUGCAGUCGCUUUCGACCGCUGGCCUUUCCCCCCUAAACACAGAGCUCAGACGGACGCAUACGCAGGAGCAUCUGUACGAGAUGCAGUAUCUCGGUUCACCGAUACACGCAACCCACCUCGAUCUGCGGCACGAUAUGAGGGACAUGCGGGAUAUGAGGCAUGACAUGCGAAAUGCUUAUCCGAGCAGCGCACCUUCGAGUACCGCAGGAGGGCCUCUGGCUUUCGCGCAAAUGGGGGGCACCCCGCCCACCUCUGCACACGCCCUCGAUUCACCCCAUCAUUACUCCCAUCCGCUGCCAAAUCACCAAUCACAUUCCGGCUUGUCCAUGUUGCACUCGGCUGCACCAAUACCCAUCGCCCACCAUCACCAACACCACACCCACCACUCCCUAUCUCAUCAAACGCAAUCUCAUCACAUUCCGGGCCACAUGACGUCUGAUGGUCGCUAUCCUCUGAGUCUGCAGCUCGCCGAUUUCACAGAGGCCAGUAAUUCAAAUAACCUGAACGGUCACGGUCCCUCGUCGAAUGAUGCGUCGCCGAGAUCAGUGGCGGCUGAUGUGAACGGAAUGGACGGGUUUACCGGAAGGCAGAGGUAUGGCAGUGCGCCAAGUAUUCUCUGGUCAUCUGCCCGCUCGACAUACGUUUCGUCCGUGCCAACGAAUAACAACGACGAUUCGGCGUACGGCGAGGAGGGCGGCGAGCGACAGGAAUACGCGGUAUCGCAGCAACAGCAGGAUAACGGCGAUGGGCAGAUAAAUCUCAACUUCAACGGCAUGGUCGCCGGGAUGAACAUAAAUUUAAUAGGCAAUGUCGACGGCCACCGCCUUCCCGCCGAUAGCACUCUCCUUACCCCCCUCAGGGGGUACGAGCCACCCAAUCUCCUUCCCCCAUUAGCCUCGUCACAGCAAUCACAGCCCUCGCAGUAUUCGGGCCAACAGGAGAUCAACUUGGGCGGUCCCGAGAUGCUUAACGUCGGUGGCGGCGACAAUUCGGAAACGCGGCCGAGUACAGGACAUGAUAGCCUACGGAGUGCGAACGAGGACGCCUACUAA